UCCUUUCACUUAAGACAUCCCUCCAUCCAUUGAACUCCAACUUGAUCUAUCCCUAUGUAAAGCCAAGGACUUCCAUUUAUUUAAGCCUCUAUAUGUACCUUCAUACAAUCAAAUACUAUAAACCUUACUUUGAGAGAGAGUGGUGGUGCAAUGGUCAUCCAAGAUCAAGAAGUGAAUGAGAUAUUACUAGUCAACCACCAAGAUCAUGAUGAAUCAAAAAAAUGUGACACUGACCGUGAUGAUCAUAAGUUGGGUGAUUGGUUGAGUCUAGGCCUCAACACCACUGAGCCCUCCAAUGCUUUAGAGUAUGGUUCCAUUUCCAAAUCAAAACCUCCCAAAAACAAGGUCUUCUCAUGCAAUUUCUGCAUGAGGAAGUUCUUUAGCUCCCAAGCUUUGGGUGGUCACCAAAAUGCCCAUAAAAGAGAGAGAGGAGCAACUAAAAAGUACCAUCAUCCUCAGAGGAUGAUGAUGAUGACAACCAUGGGGUUACCCUCCAAUUCUCCGAUGACAACGGCUCGGUCUCUUGGUGUCCAAGCCCACUCACUUGUGCACAAGCCAAGCAGAGAAGGGUCUGCCGUGGUGGCUAGGUUUAGUGAUGCCACCACCACAGGGGUGGGGGUGUCAUGGACACCACCCUUCAUGGUUGAAGAAUCAAUGGAUGUGAUAUGGCCAGGAAGCUUUCGGAUGGAGAAAUUUCCCAAUCAAGGGUCGGAUCAGCAACAUCUCGAUUUGAAUCUCCGGUUGUGAUAUGUUUAUCUUAUCAAUAAUGCUUUGCACAGAACUAAUUUUUCCGUGUACUUCUAUGUAAUUUUAUUUUUUCGAGCGUAGCACUACUCUCAUCUUGUUGGUCAAAGUAGAUCAAAUCUAAGGUCGGAUCAGAAAAAUUUCGACUUCAAUCUUUGGUUGUGAUGCGUUUAUCUUAUCAGUGAUGUUACAGAAUACAUUAUUUUUUUGUACUUUAUUUUUCAA